CCUUGGUCUUAAAAAGUAGCAACACACGUGUGGUUGUGCGCAUGUGUGUGUUUUACUGUUAAAGUCUUUCUUUUCUUACUCAAAGUGUUAUUAUCGGUAAAACACGAGUGAUGUCAGCCUCCGCAAACAAGGAGAUACGUGGAGAUUCCGAAACAGAGCUGGAUCCACCCGUGGUGAGCCGUACACGAAGCGGCCGUAGAGUUCGGAUGCCCGCGGCGCUGCUGGACUCCGGCACACCGGCGACCAAAACCCCCGUCCGGCGCACCAGAAAGUCUGUAAUCAGAGAAGAUCCAGCGGAGAGUAGUGAAUCCAGACUAGAAUCGGCAUCUGAAAAACCUUCCGAAGAAGGUACAGAACAAACAAAAGUAGAGCCAAGCGCAACAGUGACUGACGUCACUGAAUCAACUAAAGUAGAGGAAAAUCAAGUCAGUCGGCAACCAGUUUUGGACAAUGUGCAUUUGAAAGAGUCUGACCAGACAAGUGAGAAAGAAAACAUAGUUAGUAAAACAGAUGCUGUGUCAACUGGUUCCAAAAAGGCCAAAAAAAGGACUCACUCAGAGUCAAAUGAGAAUAAAGUUAAGAUGGUGCCUCUUGGGAAACCAAAGUCUGGAAGAGUGUGGAAAGAUCGUAACAAGCAAAGGUUCUCUGCUCUUUUAAGGGACAAACCUGUACGUUCUUCAUGGGAAAAGAAGAUGGAGGCCAAGAGAGAUAAGCAACUGGUGAAACAGUACCAGCAGCAGCUAAAGGAUGAACAAGCCAGAGUGAAAGAGGAAAAGAAGAGGCGUAGAGCAGAAAAUCUGAAGAGACGAGCAGAAAAUGAAAGGAAAGCUGAGAUUGUACAGGUGAUUAAGAAUACUGCAAAGAUCAAGAGAAUGAAGAAAAAACAGCUGAGGAAGAUUGAGAAAAGAGACACACUCUCAGUGCUGCAGAAGACGCCUCCUAGUGUAAAGAAAAGUGCAGGGAAGAAAAACAGCAGCUAGGAUUUGUCCACAUUUGUGAAAAUCAAUAUGCCGUUAUGGGUGUGAAGAUUUAAUGCCAGUCUACUGAUGGCAGAUUGGAUGAACUGGCAUCCUGAUGACCUCUCUAUGGCAGAGACUCUUUAAGAAGACUGUUUUGUAUGUCGACUAUUAUGACAAAUUGACUCACUGAGGUCUCCAGUGGGUGUCUGGGUGUAAUGUAACAAUUGUACAGCAAGUAAUUGAAUACUUUGAAUACAUAGACAUCUAUCGCUUCUUUGUGUAAACACAAGUUUAUGUAAUUGACAUCAUUCUCCUUAAUAAAUAUCUUAUGUAUG